GUUGGCUCGAGCUAAGCGAUCGACGACGUGCACGACGACGGCCAGUGCGAAAGCGUCGACGCGUACCGCGUAUACCGUACCGCGUAUCGUGUAGGCUCGAGGAGACGAGCUUCGCGCAGAGAGUCGAAUCGCUUGCUGGCCACUGGUACGGCUGGUGUUCCCCUCGGUCACCAAGAUGGGUUAAACGGUCCUAUCCCGACGUAUUCGAUCGUGAUCCGAUUACGCGUCCCGCGUAAUCCGCGGCGGACAGUGUCUCCACGAGUGCGGAAUAUCAGUGCAGAGUGAACCGCGUGUGCCACCGACCGAUCGAUCGACUUACACCUCUUAAACGUGACCGUACGUACGCUCGUUGAAUCGUACAAAGGGCAGCCCUCGAAUAUUAUUGUAUACGUUCCCGGCAGAAUGAUCGAGCGACGAGGAGGAAUAGUGUAAUAUCAAGCCGUCGAUCGUGCAGCUUCCAUUUAUUAUUUGUAUUUACACGUAUGUAAAUAUGCGUUGGCUUCGCGUGGAUCGCGGCAGAAAAUGAGAUUUUGGAUACGCCUAUGCGCGGUAUACGCCUAUGCGCCGUAUACGUAAUAUACGGUCGGCGCGAGGAACAAGGAAGAGCAUCGCGAGCAUCGCGCGGGAACGAUAAGGGACUGGUAAAUCCGUGAAUUUCUUCGGUUUCGAAUCGAAGCUAAGAGGAAGAGGGCGAGAAUAACCGGCGCGCGGAGACUGGACGACGAUAGACUAUAGCGCGACCGGCCGUGGACGAUGCCGCAACUGCGCGACCGACCGAGCCACGACCAUCGAUACGACCAGCCAAGAUCGACGUCGAUCCCGAACCGCCGCGGCCUGCCGCACCGUCGUUGUCCGGCCUAGGGACUCGCGCGAUCGGCCAGCAGAUUAUUCGUCGAAACGAUUAUUUUCGUUUUAGUAACAUUCCACGAGAUUGUUAACGAUAUUGACCAAGGACGGAGGUACCGUUCGCGCGAUAAACAGUGUCAUAAUCGAAACAGAGCCGCCGCAUACGUGUCGAUCUUAUCGGAAUCCGACAUUUGACACGCAUCAUCGGCCUAAACACGCAUUUCGUCCCAAAGGUGGAAACCGUUGAAUGACUUUCCCAGUUGGUGGAUUCGUUUUCGACUGGUUCGACGAGAGACAAAUGCCUGUCGCGUCGGAAGACUGGAUGCCGCAUCCGGCCAACAUAACCAGUUCCAUCACCACUGUCAAAGGUGCUACCAUUCAAAGCACGACUACAGCUUGGAUGUCGCCGUACAGCAGAACGCCGUCUUCCCACAAUAACAACAAUAAUAACAACAACAAUAACAACAACAAUCACCACCACCACCACCAUCAUCAUCACCACCAUCAUCACAACCACCAUCACCAUCACCGUCGCAACAGCAACAGUAGCGGCAACAGUAACAUCGCUGCCAACAACAAUAAUAAUGGUGUUGUCAUACUCGAAGGAUGCAGACCGCCGGCCGCAACCACGGCUAGGAGAUUUCUCAGAUGGUUUAGCAGACUCGGACAACCACCGAUGGGAAAGUCAGGGGUGCUGGAGAUGGCGGCCACGGAGAGCACGAUCCGAUUCAGCGGCCAUACGUUGGACAAGGCUACAAAGGCCAAGGUAACGUUGGAGAAUUACUACAGUAAUCUGAUAGCCCAGCAUAUCGAGCGACAGCAGAGGCUCGCCAAAUUGGAGGAAUCGCUGAAAGACGAAGGGCUCUCGGAGCAGCAAAAGCAGGAGAAACGAUUGCAGCAUGCCCAGAAAGAAACCGAGUUUCUUCGGCUGAAACGCUCCCGACUCGGCGUCGAAGACUUCGAGCCGCUCAAAGUAAUUGGCAGAGGCGCAUUCGGCGAGGUGAGACUCGUGCAGAAGAAAGACACCGGUCACGUCUACGCGAUGAAAAUUCUGAGGAAAGCCGAUAUGCUGGAGAAGGAGCAAGUGGCGCACGUCAGGGCCGAACGAGACGUUCUGGUGGAAGCGGAUCAUCAGUGGGUCGUGAAGAUGUACUAUAGUUUUCAAGAUCCUAUAAACCUUUAUCUAAUAAUGGAGUUUCUUCCGGGCGGCGACAUGAUGACGCUGCUGAUGAAGAAAGACACGCUUUCCGAGGAGUGCACGCAGUUUUAUAUCUCCGAGACGGCGUUGGCGAUCGACUCGAUCCACAAGCUGGGCUUCAUUCACAGGGAUAUCAAGCCGGACAACCUGUUGCUGGACGCGCGAGGACACAUAAAGCUCUCCGAUUUUGGUCUGUGCACGGGUUUGAAGAAGUCCCAUAGAACCGACUUCUACAGAGAUCUCAGUCAGGCGAAACCUUCCGAUUUCAUGGCGUCUUGCGGCAGCGGCAGCGGCGGAGCGAUGGACAGCAAAAGGAGAGCCGAAAGUUGGAAAAGAAAUAGAAGAGCGCUGGCUUACAGUACGGUGGGCACGCCCGAUUACAUAGCCCCGGAAGUAUUCCUGCAAACUGGUUAUGGAAGAGCUUGCGACUGUUGGUCCUUGGGCGUGAUCAUGUACGAAAUGCUGAUAGGGUAUCCUCCAUUCUGCAGCGAGAAUCCGCAGGAGACCUACAGAAAAGUUAUGAAUUGGAGGGAGACCUUGGUAUUUCCACCGGAAGUCCCUAUUAGCGAGGAAGCCAAGGAUACCAUAAUCAGAUUCUGUUGCGAAGCCGACAGAAGAUUAGGUGCGCAACGAGGCAUCGAGGAGCUGAAAUUGGCACCCUUCUUUCGCGGCGUCGAUUGGGAACACAUUAGGGAGAGACCGGCGGCGAUUCCGGUCGAGGUUCGAUCCAUCGACGACACCUCCAACUUCGACGAGUUCCCGGACGUGAAAUUGGAGAUACCAUCCGCGCCGAUGCCGCAGGACGGAGAAGUGAAUUACAAGGACUGGGUGUUUAUAAAUUACACGUUCAAGCGAUUCGAGGGACUGACGCAACGAGGAACGCCGACCAAGAAAUAGCAACACCCUAUUUCUUGUUCGGCUUCAACCGGCGGUCAGCAGUCUGACGCUACUGGUAUUCCGGCCUUGGUACAUCAUCCGCACCCUCCGCUGUCAUCGACGACGUCGCGAACGGAUGGUUGAUCCGUUCUAUUUUCCGUAUACGUCACGGUCAAUCAUCGUCGAGGGUGAUUAAUUCUUGUACUCGUCUGUAUAUAAACGCGAUGCGAUGAUCGCGUUGCGCUAUAACACGCAAGAGGAGCAAGAGAAACAAGAGAAAAAGGGGAAGCAAACGACGACGAUGACGGGGACGAUAACGACAACGAUCGCCGCGUUGCGUUGCGUUGCGUCGCGUCGCGUCGCGUUGCGUUGCCUCGUGUCGCGUCGCGUCGUUGCUCCCCUUUGUAUCCAGAAAACAAAGAACGACAAGUGAUCAACAACAACCGCAACAACAUUUUCUAAACGAGCGAGUGCGAAAAUUGAUGCACAUGUGAUAAGGAAGAACCGAAGCAUUUAGAGAAUCGCAGACAGAAAUAGAACUCUACGGCGAACCUUUCUCUAGGAACGUCGCGAAACACUGUGAAAAGUUGAAAAGAUGAAAAGGUUGCGUUUUGCUCUCGGCAUUGUUUCUAUCCGAGGGUCGGCGCGCAACACAGUAAAAGCUCUCUUUCUCUCUCUAUCUGCAGUGACCGCAUUACUGGGGGAAAAAAUGAAAACAAGAUGGAGCCUCGGUCCCGUGAUUCUCGCAGUGCAUACAAUUUUUGCGUGGAAUUUCAUUCGAUGCGUUCUUUCGCCCCUUUAUCCUAACAUUGGCUCGGCUCUCCUAUUUAGCUCUCUUUCCAACGUUGUAUUUAUAGCUAGUGCUGUGAUAUGAAAUUGUUUGAAGAAAGUUUUGUAUACAAAUUGCUAUUUUGUCUGUUAACAAAUACUGAUCUUUACGAAUGUUGUAUUCUACUCGAUUGUCCCUACGUUUGCCCCGAAAUUUUCAAUAUUUCUUGACACAUGCGAAACUUGUUGCGUACUUUCUCCGAGAGCUUCUGCCCGAAUUUGUAGUCCCGCGCGAAACACGAUCGACAGAAUAUUUUCCCAAAUAUUUUCCCCGCGACGUCCACCGAUCGGUCGCGUAUCAUUUAUUUCUCUUUCGAUCGAGUUUACAGUUUCUCUACGUUCACCGAUCGCAUUUCCAAAAUUUUCCGACGCGCGUAGCAGACCGUUGGAAACGUUUCGCUUGCCGCGUAAUCGACGCGACCGCCUCGAAUCGUGGAAUACUGUCGAUUGCCGAGCAAAUUGCUCCGUGGCCCGAGCUUCAGCGUAACUUUAUGUUCUUUGGGAUCCUUUGUACCAACGUAUGUCAUGUAAAUCGUUGAAUAAAGCUAUGAUUGCAACGAA